CCUUACUACUACUAUAUAUAUACACAUAUAACUCCCCUGGUUGUUUAUAUAUUGACUACAAACAUUUGCAUUUCAAUAUCCAAUUAGUCAAGUCAGGUUGAAAGAUGGAAAUUACCAAUGUUAUGGAAUAUGAGGCACUUGCAAAAGAGAAGUUGCCCAAGAUGAUCUAUGAUUAUUAUGCAUCGGGUGCAGAAGAUCAAUGGACCCUUCAAGAAAACCGAAAUGCCUUUUCAAGAAUCUUGUUCCGACCACGUAUUCUUAUUGAUGUGAGAAAGAUAGAUUUGUCCACUACGGUUUUGGGUUUCAACAUAUCAAUGCCUAUCAUGGUUGCACCUACAGCUAUGCAGAAAAUGGCUCACCCUGAUGGAGAGUAUGCAACUGCAAGAGCAUCAGCAGCUGCUGGAACAAUCAUGACCUUGUCCUCAUGGGGUACUUCAAGUGUGGAGGAGGUUGCUUCAACUGGUCCUGGUGUUCGUUUUUUUCAACUCUAUGUGUACAAGGAUCGAAAUAUAGUAACUCAGAUGGUAAAACGAGCGGAAAAGGCUGGUUUCAAGGCAAUUGUCCUUACUGUUGAUACCCCGAGACUUGGCCGAAGGGAAUCUGAUAUAAAAAACAGAUUUGUUCUGCCACCAAAUCUUACAUUGAGGAACUUUGAUGGAUUGAAUCUUGGCAAGCUAGAUAAGACAGAUGACUCCGGAUUGGCUUCAUAUGUUGCUGGUCAAGUUGACCGAUCUCUUAGUUGGAAGGACGUGAAGUGGCUCAAGACAAUAACCCAAUUACCUAUACUAGUAAAGGGUGUCUUAACUGCCGAGGAUGCAAGGAUCGCGGUGCAGUCUGGAGUAGCAGGAAUUAUUGUGUCAAAUCAUGGGGCUCGGCAAUUGGAUUAUGUCCCUGCAACUAUUAUGGCCUUAGAAGAGGUUGUGGAAGCUGCUCAACGCAGAGUUCCAGUGUUUUUGGAUGGAGGCAUCCGGCGUGGGACAGACGUCUUCAAAGCAUUGGCUCUUGGAGCAUCCGGCGUAUUUAUUGGUCGACCAGUAGUCUUUUCACUGGCUGUAGACGGUGAGGCGGGUGUUAGAAAGACUCUACAAAUGCUACAUGAUGAACUUGAGCUUACAAUGGCAUUGAGUGGCUGUCGAUCCCUGGCUGAGAUAACACGCAACCAUAUUGUGGCGCCUUGGGACCCACCACGUAUUGCUGCUAAGCUCUAAGAUGCAAUCUAUGGUAGAAUGGUUAUGUUUUAGGGAGUGUUUAUCAUGUUUAGUAUCGUUUGAACUAGUGGCUUUGGUUCAUGUAUGGACAAUGUUGGAAUAAAAAGUUGCUCAAUCAGGUCUAGUUUUCUAAAAACCAAAAAAUAAGCUGGUGUUUUUAUACAAUAUAAGUUAUUCUUAUACUAUUGGCUAAAGAAACUUUACAAAAAUAUUAUAGAAGUAAUAUAUGGGUUAUAAGUUAUAUAGCAAAAAGUAGUUAACUUGUUACCA